CCGGGCGCAGAGAGGCCGCCAGAUCCCCUGGUCACCCGGCACGCACGUCCGUUCGUAACCCUGGGCUGAGCAGACCUCGCGACACUUGGAACCACCUAGAAAGCCCGUGUCCUUGUAGGCUGGCAUGCAGGAUGGCAGGACAGCCCGGCCACAUGCCCCAUGGAGGGAGCCCGAACAACCUCUGCCACACUCCGGGACCUGCACACCCUCCCGACCCACAGCGGCACCCCAGCACCCUGUCUUUCCGCUGCUCACUGGCGGACUUCCAGAUUGAGAAGAAGAUCGGCCGAGGGCAGUUCAGCGAGGUGUACAAAGCCACCUGCCUGCUGGAUAGGAAGACGGUGGCCCUGAAGAAAGUGCAGAUCUUCGAGAUGAUGGAUGCCAAGGCAAGGCAGGACUGCGUCAAGGAGAUCGGCCUCCUGAAGCAACUGAACCACCCGAACAUCAUCAAGUACCUGGACUCCUUCAUCGAGGACAACGAGCUGAACAUCGUGCUGGAGCUGGCCGACGCCGGGGACCUCUCACAGAUGAUCAAGUACUUCAAGAAGCAGAAGCGGCUCAUCCCCGAGCGGACGGUGUGGAAGUACUUCGUGCAGCUGUGCAGCGCUGUGGAGCACAUGCACUCACGCCGCGUGAUGCACCGAGACAUCAAACCCGCCAAUGUGUUCAUCACAGCCACAGGUGUCGUGAAGCUGGGGGACCUCGGGCUGGGCCGCUUCUUCAGCUCUGAGACCACAGCAGCCCACUCCCUAGUCGGGACGCCGUACUACAUGUCGCCGGAGAGGAUCCAUGAGAACGGGUACAACUUCAAGUCCGACAUCUGGUCCCUGGGCUGCCUGCUGUACGAGAUGGCCGCUCUCCAGAGCCCCUUCUACGGAGAUAAGAUGAAUCUCUUCUCCCUCUGCCAGAAGAUCGAGCAGUGUGACUACCCGCCGCUCCCCGGAGAGCACUACUCCGAGAAGUUACGAGAGCUGGUCAGCAUGUGCAUCUACCCUGACCCCGACCAGAGGCCCGACAUCGGGUACGUGCACCAGGUGGCCAAGCAGAUGCACGUUUGGAUGUCGAGCACCUGAACGCCUCCUCGAACGCCAGCACGCUCUGCCUUACUGAGUCUUCUCUCCCAAGUGGCCACCUGGUAGCCUAGGACAGCUAAGACCAGAGGGUGCAGAGGCUCCCAGAGGGGCCGGGCUUCCCCGCUGAGGCUGAAUUCAGAGCAGCUGGAGGAGGGGCACCGGUCGCUGAUGUCAAAUCCGAGUCCUUCCUUUAUGCUGUGGUGCAUCUCAGCGGGUGUGCGCCAGGCAGGCGGCUCAGCGAGCUGGCAUCUGGACUGGAAUGUGAAUCUUCAGGAGUCUCCAGGGACCUGUCAAGGUGCACACGAACAGAAGACUUGCAGGAGACCGUGUGAACUGAGUAGUGAGCCUCCGAGAUGGUUAGCAAGUUCAGUUUAGUUCUUAGUAUCCUUUCAAUCAGGCUGCGUGCUUAGUUUUCCCUGUUGUAAAGUGGAAAUAACGUUUUUAAGUAGAGUAGGUUUUGGUAGUAUUUUUAUCUUCGUUUUAUAACUUGAUCAGUGACGAGGAGCACCCAGCAACUGCCAUGGAGCGUCACGAGGCACAUGGUAUUUGCAAGUGGGAGAGUUUGCCUUGCAGUCUGGUCCAGCCACCUUCUCCUGAACACCUACCCCACGUGGGCACCGGGCCCGUGUGGGCACCUCCAUGAACACUGGCACUUCAUUCGUGACCAGCGUUAACUGCUCUACUCCGUGGGAAGCAAGUUGGGAUACCCUAAAAUACAAGGGCUUGGCUGCAGGCUAUCCUUUAACAAAUUCUGGUUCUGUAGCUUCUAGUGACCUUGGCCAAGUUUCUUAGCCUUUCUGAGCCUCAGUUUUCUUUUCUGUAAAAUGAGACUAACAGUAUCUACCUACAGGGUCGCUGACAGAAUUUGAAAUAAAAUAUGCAACUUAGCCAGCACAUUGGCAAGGAUCGAAGAACGGUAGCUCACGCCUUCACAGAACUUAAGUCCAUGGGUCACGUAGAAUCGAAGCACAGCCAUGUCACGUGUAGAACCGGAAACGUUUUUUCUUGUUUCCAAACAGGGUUAACUGUGAAGACUUAUAAAUGUGAACUUAAGGAAAACCCAAGCUCUGAAGGAAAUAGCUUAAAUUUUGGUUUAUUAUACUCAUUCAUCCAAAAUAGCCAACGCUGUCACCCACUUGGUUACAGCUCAGCCCUCCUGACGAGGGCACCGCCGUGGACACUCACCUGGCACUCACUGACCAAGCCUCCCUGGGGAAAAGCCAGGGCUGGGCCCUGCCCCGUUCCCCCAGGAGAACUGGGCUCCACUGCAGCACUGUCGGGCUCGUUUCUCCAGACGCAGCCUCUGCUCUGUACUUUUUCUCCAUGUUUGAAAUAAAACGGGGUGAAAGGGGUGA